AUGGGGUUGAAAAUGUCCCUCUUCCGGGGGCCCUUGGUCCUUUGGGAUUUCAGCUUCUCCAAUCCAGAGAUAAAGCUCUCCCAGAAGGUCCAAGGGAAUAAGUUUUUUCCAUUUCAGGUGCAGCAGCCCAGAGUGUUUGUGAUGGAGUACUACAAGGACCUGCUCUGGAAGGGGGCCUUGCUCUUCACCGUUUCUCUGGUGGCCAGCGUCUUUUACUUCAGGGCAGAAACGGGCUUCCAAAAUUUCGUUGGCUUCUUCAUCUACGGCAUCACGAUUGGGCUGUGGCUGAUCAUCAGCAACAUGCACAAACGGCGGCUGAUCAUCAACCACAACAAGGAGCGCUACCAGUUCUACAUCAAGGGCUGCCUCUGGCAGGAGGGCCCCCUCUACCAGAUCUACGUGCGCCUGGUGGCCCAGCGGGACGCCUACGGGAAACUGUUCUACAGCCUCAUUAUUAACGGAUACCGUCUGGAGGUGCUCACCUUGGCCAAUCUCUCCAGCAAGUUUGAGCCAAUAGAUAUUCUGGGGCGCCGCAUAGCACGCAAUCUGAACCUCAACUACUUUGAUUAUGAGGACAUCUCCACCCGCCACGUGAUCCGUCACAGGCCGCCCGAGGCCAAGAAGGGGGAGUCGUCGUCGUCGUCCAAUGAGGACCAGAAUAUGGGCUACCCCCAUCCCACAGCACCACCUUACGGCCAGGUGCAAGCCGAUGAGACCCAUCCUGAGGAGGCCGUCAAGGGACUGCUCACCCUUCUCUGA